UGUGAAUUAUCAAGAUGAAACUUGCACUAGAAAUCAUGAUUAUCCUUAAAUCUGCCUGUAGACUUAUCUUACAACCGAUAUUUUUAACAUCAAUCAAACAUGGAAGUGACCAUGAUGGACAAGUUGCAUCAAAAUUGUUUUUGUCACAUGUGUUGGCGGGACUCUUCGUUAUUUUUGGAGUAGUGUCCGGAGAAAAUACUUCAGAUGACACUGUUGUUCUUGGUAAAUGGGCUGUCCUUACUGUAUCUGUUUCCUUUGGGUUGAUCUCUAUUUUGAGUUUACUGAUUUCAAGUUGUCGUAAAAGACAAAUAACUCAAUGUGGAAAUACUAACGAAGAUCCGUCAAUACAUUUACAACUAGGGUUCUUGUGGAUAUUCAGUCUGGCCUUUGUGACGUAUUUGAGCCUAAAAAUAAUUAUUUUUCUAGAAUGUGUCGUAACAAGACCAGAUGACACUGUUUUUAACUCAUUUUUAUUUUUCUCGAAUCUGAUCUACUUCCUCUUUAUUGUAUCACAAAUUGUUCUUCUUACUUAUUACAAAAGAACACAGCUGAAAUCAUCAUUUCAUCUUCAUUUCUCAAUCGUCUGCAUCAUUUCGGCUAAUUUCUCCUUGUGGUACAGUUCAACAAUACAUAAUAUGUUUGCCAAUGGAAAUUCAACUGGUGUUUAUAACAACUCUUGCUUUCAUGCUUCAGAAAUCCAAAGGACAUUAGGAAGAAAAGUGUCAUCCAUGCUAUUGCCACCCCAGUUAGAAUUCUGUAUUCUUGCUUCAGCUCUUCUUUUAACCCUUUGGCAACAAGCACAGGAAUGCAAAACUAACGAAGUGCAUAGCACAUAUUGUUUAUUGAGUGGUGAUGUUAAUGCAAAAUGUGUGUAUGUUGCUUCUAAAGGAAUUAACGGUAUUUACAUCCUUGCUUUAAUAUUUGGAAUGAUCAUUAAUUCACUACAUUUUAUUUCGACAGUUCUUCUGAAUUUUGCUUAUGAAUGGAAAAAUAAAAAUAUGACAGUUGUGUACGACGUUGGACAAAUUUUAUAUUCAAUCAGCGUAUGUGUCAUUGUGUAUGUAUGCAGCCAUCAAAUGAAAUUGAAUUUCAUGUUUACCAGGAGAUCCUUGAUUUUUCGAGAAUACAUCUUGAUUUUUAGCUCAGUCGGAAUUAUGGCAUUUUUCACAUUUGAAGUUUUAGCAGGAUUUUCUGGAAUAUCUUUCUCAAAAUUUAUCAUUUUUAGUUCUACAUUCGGAAUGCUUGAAACGUUUCUGCAGACUUUACUUUUGAUUAAUUCAAGUCGGUUCAAAAUUCUACAAAGUGGUUCAAAAGUUAUAUCAUCCUGUUCAAUAAUUCUGGUCAUCACAAACUUGACAUACUGGCUAGAGAAUUCAUACAACAAGGGUAUUGUUCUUCUGACUCGUAAUAAUGAUAACAGCAGUUUUAACUUCGUGGAUAUCAUUCUUGUGCCACUUAUAGUAUUUUACAGAUUUUUUUCUGGAAUAAGUGCAUAUUCAAUGUAUAAAAGAUUUAAAAUCAAAUAAUCUAACUUAUGAAAAAUCUGUC